AUGGGACUUGCAUUCCUCAGGAACUGUUGUCCCACGGACGACCUCCUGCCAGAAUAUUUACUUCCUUGGGAGCAGCUCGGGAAGAAAGCUGCCAAGUUGAUGGAUGCAGGAGAACUGAAAGACCAAGUUGAAAAGUUACCAUGUCUGGACUACACUCACCUGAGGAGUUAUGAAGAGUACUGUUUAGCCCACAGCCUGCUGUCUACAAUUGCACACUGUUAUGUUUGGCAGGACAGAGAUAAGGGCGUGGUACCCGAGGUUCUUCCGAGGGCUGUCGCUGUACCAUGGUAUCACGUGUCCCAGUAUCUAGGACUUAACCCCGUCUACUGCUACUUGGCAUGUAUGCUUGCUAACUGGAAAAAGGAAUCGGAAGACAGCUGCGAUAUUGAACUUAUUUGCGGCGCGCCCGGCACUCCCCACACCGACUGGUUUUUCAUAGUUUCAAUUCAAAUCGAAAUUGACUUUGGCAAGGGAAUCAAGAAUAUAAUUAAAACAUAUCAGGCACUGACAACAGGUGAUGACAACGGUUUGAUAGAAGGUUUGCAAGGGAUAGCAGACACCAUUAAGAGGAUGCAACAAACACUGUCCAGAAUGCACGAAAAACAAGACCCUUGGCCUUUUUAUAAUAAACUCCGACCGUUUUUCGAAGGCUGGGGAGCGCAAAGCAAAUUUCUCCCGGAAGGAUUGAUAUACGAAGGUGUCAGCGAUUCACCGUUACAAUACUUGGGAGGGAGUGCCGCCCAGAGUUCAACCAUCCAGACCUUUGACGCCAUACUAGGGGUUAAACACACGGCAGCCUUGAAACAAAUCAGUACACAUAUCUUUACUUUUAUUCACUAUAAACAUGACACCUAUGUGCCGUUUAAAGGCAGGCCACUCUCAAUGAAGUCUUUUGGGUCAAAGCCCAUCCUGUAUAAUACUUGA